CCUCCUUUUCUAAAAUCUCUGGUAGAUCUAUCUCGCGUCUUAUGUGCGCAAAGGCCCGACAAAUGUGUAAACUCUGAUUGGAAGAGCAAGACCGACAAAAGCCCCCACGGUAGCCAAUCAACGCACACACCAAACAAAUACACUCGAAUCAGAUUGGACCGUUGUCACUCUUGGGCUGCUGGCAAUGCUAAAAUAGUCGCAUUCUACGAAAGACCUUUGAAAUUGGAUCACAUAUCGGUACAUCACCACUAGCUUCCUUAAUUAACUCAAAGGUGAGUCAUGUCGUCGGUUUUCUCCAGCACGGACUCUGUGGGCGCCGAGCCCUCCUUCUGCCCCAACGCAGCCAAGCUCAGCAACGCACAAGCCAACGAAGUGGUUGCCAUUUUGAAAGGGGGGUCCAAGGUCAACGGAGAAGCCAUGUUGAACGGCCACAAGCUCUCCAUGAAUGGAUCGGCUCAAGUGAAUGAGGACAGUGCUGGCUGUAAGGCCCAGAAUGGGUCGGUCCAUGUGAACGGGCAUGAGGGGGAGAAAGAUCUAGAGAAGGCAGCCGCAGGCGUGGAGGAGAGGCAGUGGAUCCGUCCUGACUUGCCCAGCAAAUGCACUUGGAAACUGGGCGGGUCUUCCGUAGAGUCCCCUCACUGCCACUCUGAACUGACUGAAGCUCCCAGCAUUCUACCCAACAUCCUCGGGAAGAUCGGAGACACACCUCUGGUCCGCAUGAACAAGAUCCCCAAAGCCUUCGGCCUUAAGUGUGAACUCUUGGCCAAGUGUGAGUUCUUUAAUGCAGGGGGCAGUGUGAAGGACCGUAUCAGUCUAAGGAUGGUGGAGGAUGCAGAGAGAAAUGGGAUCCUCAAACCAGGAGACACCAUCAUCGAGCCCACCUCUGGCAACACAGGUAUUGGUCUGGCCCUGGCCUCUGCAGUUAAAGGCUAUCGCUGCAUCAUCGUCAUGCCUGAGAAGAUGAGCAUGGAGAAGGUGGAUGUGCUUAGAGCCUUGGGGGCGGAGAUCGUGCGUACCCCAACCACCGCCCGCUUUGAUUCGCCGGAAUCCCACGUGGGCGUGGCCUGGCGUCUGAAGAAUGAGAUUCCCAACUCUCAUAUCCUGGACCAGUACCGUAACCCUAGCAACCCCCUGGCCCACUACGACACCACUGCCGAAGAGAUCCUGGAGCAGUGUGAUGGUAAGGUGGACAUGUUGGUGGCAGGAGCUGGCACCGGUGGCACCAUCACUGGCAUCGCCCGCAAGCUGAAGGAGAGAUGCCCCAACAUCAAGAUCGUGGGUGUGGACCCUGAGGGUUCUAUACUGGCUGAGCCAGAGGAGCUGAACAAAACAGAUAAGACCCAGUACGAGGUGGAGGGCAUUGGAUACGACUUCAUCCCUACUGUACUAGACAGAUCUGUAGUUGACAGGUGGUAUAAGUCCAAUGACGAUGAGUCUUUUGCCAUGUCACGCAUGCUGAUCAGGGAGGAGGGGCUUCUCUGCGGAGGUAGUUCAGGUACGGCCAUGGCUGCAGCAGUUAGAAUGGCCACAGAGCUGAAGGAGGGCCAGCGCUGUGUCGUCAUCCUGCCUGACUCCAUCCGCAACUACAUGUCUAAGUUCCUGAGUGAUAACUGGAUGUGUGAUAAGGGCUUCCUAACCCCAGAAGACCUGAUGGUGUCCAAACCCUGGUGGUGGAACCUGAGUCUGCAGGGUCUGAACCUAUUUUCCCCCCUCACUGUGCUGCCUUCAGUCAACAUCAAGAAGACCAUCAAGAUCCUCAAGGAGAAGGCCUUCGACCAGGCACCCGUCGUUGACGAGUCCGGCGUGAUCCUAGGGAUGGUUACCCUGGGCAAUAUGUUGUCUUCAGUACUGGCUGGGAAGGUCAAGGCCUCUGACCCUGUCGCCAAGGUGCUUUACAAACAAUUCAAACAGGUGCGGCUGACAGAUAACCUGGGUAAGCUGUCCCGUAUCCUGGAGACAGAUCACUUUGCCCUGGUGGUGCAUGAGCAGAUCCAAUACAUGGAGGAUGGCUCGCCCUGUCUUAGACAGAUGGUAUUCGGGGUGGUGACCGCCAUUGACAUGCUUAAUUACAUCACCACGCGCGAGCGGCAGGGAAGCACACGCGAGCGCACGCUGUCAGAGUGCUCAAUAACGUCAGAGUGCUCGCUGACCGACUAGCUGUUACCACUUCCUGUUUCCUGUGGAGAGGAGGAAGUGACCGCCCUCCUGACACCCUCUAAGUAACGACGAUGAAGAUGAUGUAGAAAUUUAGAAGUGGUGGGGGUUGUGGUUUAGUCUUAAAAUAAGUCAAUAUUAAUUUACUCCCCUUUUGACUACAUUGAUUUUGUUAUUUGUCUGUGAUGAUAAUAAUUAUUCACUGUAGCUUAUACUGCGAUUGAAGCAGCUUAGCUGGUUUCAGAUACAUGGUUUUCCUCUAACUUUAAGGUAUGGAAAUUGCAUGUAACAAACAGUGUGCAACUAGACUGCCUUGCCUCUUCAUUAUCGAAAGUCUUUUACUUUUCUUAUCUACUUCAAAAUAAUAGUGUUCCUCUGACUUGUCAUUUUAUUGCAGAGGAUACUGAAACAUUACAAUAUCCUCGCUAGACUAACAACUCAGUACAUUUCAAUCUUUCAGUUAAAUAGUCAUCAUAUAGCUACCAUUUUGUAUUGCAUUGAGAUUUGUAUAUAACUGAUAUGCGAAUGUGAGCUUCAUCUUAAGACUUAAAAGCACAUUAUAGAUUUUUGCUGCUUCUUUGAUACCAAUGAAGUUACAUUGCCAUCUAGUGGCAGCUAAAGACAGGGCAUGGGCCAAAAAAUGGCUAUUUGGGUUGCUCAGUGUGAAAUGGUUACCAAGAAGAAGCGUUACGUUGACAACAUUCAAAGAGAUAGGAUGUCGGUGAAGAGUACCUGUCUUUUUGUUUGAAGGCUUUGGUAAAGUAACCAAGGUCGCAGGGUAGGUCCGGUUAAGGAUAGGAGCGUUCGGCACACAACCAAACUACAACCCAAACAGUAUGACUUGUGUUGGGUCAUUUUUUUCUUGUAUUGAAACAAGAUGUAUUGAAUAAGUCUGUAUUGAAUAGUUUGUUGGCUGAGCGUGCACAGUGCAGCUCUUUUAUACAGGCCUGUCUGUCUGGGUUAGGUUGUUUACGCCAAGGCUUGGGUUGUUUGAACUUUGUACCAUUUGUCUGUACUUGUUGACUUCAUGUACAAUCAUUCAUGUGUAAUGUUAUGUAUGACCAUGGACCCAGAGCUGUUAUGAUCUAUUUACUUUAGCAGGGGUGUAUUUGUAUGUAUAUAUGUCUUAAGUGUUCUUAAGACAGAUGCUGCAGUAUUUGCGUGAGGUGAUGCAGUUAUGGAGGUGAUAUUUGAACUACAUUCCUGUCUCUUUAUUUCCACCCUGGCUCUGGUUUCAGUUGUUCAUUUCAUAUUUCUCUUUAUUUUUACACCAUUUUUGUGGUGUCAGUACAGUGGGGAGAACAAGUAUUUGAUACACUGCCGAUUUUGCAGGAUUUCCAACUUACAAAGCAUGUAGAGGUCUGUAAUUUUUAUCAUAGGUACACUUCAACUGUGAGAGACGAAAUCUAAAUCAGCCCAGAACUACACGGCAGGACCUGGUCAAUGACCUGAAGAGAGCUGUGACCACAGUCUCAAAGAAAACCAUUAGUAACACACUACGCCGUCAUGGAUUAAAAUCCUGUAGCGCACGCAAGGUCCCCCUGCUCAAGCCAGCGCAUGUCCAGGCCCGUCUGAAGUUUGCCAAUGACCAUCUGGAUGAUCCAGAGGAGGAAUGGGAGAAGGUCAUGUGGUCUGAUGAGACAAAAAUAGAGCUUUUUGGUCUAAACUCCACUCGCCGUGUUUGGAGGAAGAAGAAGGAUGAGUACAACCCCAAGAGCACCAUCCCAACCAUGAAGCAUGGAGGUGAAAACAUCAUUCUUUGGGGAUGCUUUUCUGCAAAGGGGACAGGACGACUGCACCGUAUUGAGGGGAGGGAUGGAUGGGGCCAUGUAUCGUGAGAUCUUGGCCAACAACCUCCUUCCCUCAGUAAGAGCAUUGAAGAUGGGUCGUGGCUGGGUCUUCCAGCAUGACAAUGACCCGAAACACACAGCCACUAAGGACUGGCUCGGUAAGAAGCAUCUCAAGGUCCUGGAGUGGCCUAGCCAGUCUCCAGACCUGAACCCAAUAGAAAAUCUUUGGAGGGAGCUGAAUGUCCGUAUUGCCCAGCGACAGCCACAUGCAAAAAAAAUGCAAAUUAAUUACUUAAAAAUCAUACAAUAUGAUUUUCUAUGAUUUUUGUUUUAGAUUCCGUCUCUCACAGUUGAAGUGUACCUAUGAUAAAAAUUACAUGCUUUGUAAGUAGGAAACACUGCUGAUUUUGCAGGUUAUCAAAUACUUGUUCUCCCCACUGUAUAUUAUUACUUGCUUCCAAUAAAGGCUUGUUCUUUUUCUCUUGAA